AUGAGCCUAAUGACAAAAAGAAUAAUAAAAGAGCUUGAGUAGCUGAGAAAUGAUCCUCCGUCUUCAUUUGUUGCCUAGUGCAUAAAUAACAAUCUAUAUGAAUGGCAUUUUACAAUAAGAGGCCCAGAAAAUUCAGAUUAUGAUGAAGGCAUUUAUCAUGGUAAAAUCGUAAAACCUCCUAAUAUAUUUUUUCUGACUCCUAAUGGAAGAUUUGAAGUAAAAACAAAAAUUUGCUUGAAUAUUACAAAAUUUCACCCUGAAAAUUGGAAUCCAAGUUGGACAAUCAGAACUAUGGUCGAAGGAAUAAUAUAACAUUUCCAUGUCAAAGACUUUGCUGUUGGUUCAAUUCAAUAUACAUCUAAUUAAAUAAAAUCCUUAGCAUUGGCAAGUCAUAAAUGGGAAUGUGAUAUAUGUGGUCCCAUUAUAAAAUGUAUUGUUCCAAAAGGAAAACAAGUAGAAUAAUUUUAAUCUGAAAAAAAAGAGUAGCAUAAAGUCGAUUAAAAUGAAAAUUCUCACACUUAGGAAGCCCAGUCGAAAUAUUUGAAAGAAAAUGAAAAGAAAGUAGAAAAGUAAAAGAAUGAUUUACCUGAGGAUGAUAAAGAAAUUCCAGACAAAAAAGCAUAAGUAGAUGCAUUUUAGAGAUUAAUCUGGAAAACUGUAUUUCCAGAUACGGAAAAGGUUCAUUCUUAAUUGAAAAUAUUCACACAUAAAAACUUUAAUAUUUUGAUCAAAUUUAUACAAAAUUAGAAGAUGAGGAAAAAGUUUAUAGAUGAAACAAAAGAUGAUAAAAUAAAUAAAAUGGAUGAUGAAAUACAAAAAGAAUUUGAGCAAGCUAAUAAUAAAAACAAAUAUUCAUCCUAAAUUAAGCUAAUAGGUUUAGUUCUUUUAAGUUUAAUAUUUGGAAUAGUAUUUGUAAAUUUUGGAGAAUUUGUUGAAUAGACAGCUAAAGAUUGGCUGUUGUUUAAUUGA